AAAAGAUGUGAGUCACUAACUUCAUUCCUCUAAAUGCAUGAACAGAAAAAGAAUUUGCAAUUAAUCAUCUCUGCUGAUCAACAGAUCAAAGUCAUGGAUAUGAUCUUGGAGGGCACUGACGUAGCUAAGGGCGUAGUGGAGUUCAUCUCUCAGUCGGGGAUCAACAAACUAGUCGUCGGAGCAUCGAGAGGAGGCUUUGUGAGAUCAUUCAGAAACUUGGACAUCAGCGUCAACAUUUACAAAACCGUGCCUGAUUUCUGCACUGCUUAUGUGAUAAGCAAAGGCAAGCUCUCCUCUGUUAAAAAUGCGAUCCGACCAGCUCCGGCCGUUUCGCCUUUGAGAAUCCAGCUCCAGAAACAAGCCAACGCAGAUCAACCAAGUCAACAGGAGAAGAAAGGUACGAUGAUCGACUUAACUUGUCAUUUGGCUCGACUAGUUUCACGAACAACUGAAGGAGGCAUACAUUUGUCAGGUGAUGCUGCAGCUUCGACUCUCAAUCUGAGUAAAGAAACAGAAUCAAUCAGGUAA